AUGUCGUCCCGUAAUCCUCCGCCGUGGCGCAGCGACCGCGAUCGCCCGCCUCAGCGACCUCCUCCCUCCACGAUCCCAGCGAAGCGAUCCGCAAACUCACGAGCAUAUGACAACCCUGCAAAACGAUCCACGAACGCGCAGGAGGAGGCCUGGGUCGCAGAUGAGGACCGCUUUGUGCUGCAGCAAGCGAAGAAGAAGGCUGCCUUGCGCGUAAAGGGCGGCCGAGCGAAGCCCAUCGACUGGCUUGCCGUCACCCUUCGGUUCGUCGACCCCACCAAGACCAUUCUGGAUGAGGAAGUUGAGGAUCAUGAACUGGACAUCGUAGAUCCGGAAGGGGUGCUUGAAGGCCUCAGCGAGGACGAGCUAUCUGAGCUCGAGAAGGAGAUUGACAACUAUCUCACCCUGGAGACGAACCGCAGCAAUAGGGACUACUGGAACUCUCUAAAGGUCAUUUGCAAAGACCGCCGUCGAAGAUCCAAAGCCUCGGCAGCCGAAGCCCGCGGUACUAGCUCUGUCUCUGCAGACAUCGAUCGAGUGCUCGCGCCGAAGACAUACGAGGAAUUGGAGACACUGGAAGUCCAGGUCAAGAAGAAACUGGACUCCGACGAGCCGAUUGAUUACGAUUACUGGGAACAUCUGCUGCGCAAUCUGCGAGUAUGGAAAGCGAAGGCUAUGCUACGACGAGUGUCUCAGGAAAUCAUCAACGAGCGACUCCAGGCGCUACGGAAACAACAAGCAGACGCCGCGGCAACUGUGCAGGAAAAACUGCAAUCCAUGCUCAAAGAGGGAUCAGAGUCGGACCACGGUCACCCAACAACCGUGGCUUCCGAUUCCUCCCUCGAUCCGCAACCAUCGUUGAAGCUCCGAACUGAAGACAAGUCCCUGGUACAGAUUCAAGAACGGCGGUUCUUGGAGAGCAUUAUUGAUGAACGGCGAAAGAUUCUCAAAUUGGGCUACGUCCCAAUGCAAAACAAGUCUCAUGAUAUUUCGUCGAGCAUGAACAAACCAAAGACCAGCCAAGUUGGCUCCACAGGAGUCUCGCGAUUCGCGCCCGUGGAGAAGGAGGAUUUCUCCCAGGCGACCAUGGCAAUGUACGAAAGGGAGGUUGCGCGCGGGGUCGAGGAGGGAGAGGAAAUCUUCGCCGGCGAAGAAGAGAUCGCAUCCGCAAAACCACAGUGGGCUGGCAAAUACAAACCCAGGAAACCGCGAUAUUUCAAUCGUGUCCAGAUGGGCUACGAGUGGAACAAAUACAACCAGACGCAUUACGAUCACGACAACCCGCCUCCGAAGGUCGUCCAAGGGUACAAGUUCAACAUAUUCUAUCCGGAUCUUAUCAACAAGUCAAAAGCUCCGACAUACAAGAUCGAACGCGAGAAUGGAAGAAAGCGCGGCCAGUCCUUUGCGCCCGCUGGCGAAGACGACACAUGCCUCAUCCGCUUUAUUGCCGGGCCACCAUACCAGGAUAUCGCCUUCAGGAUUGUGGACAAGGAAUGGGACUACAGUGCUAAACGAGAACGCGGCUUUAAGAGCAGUUUCGACAAGGGAAUUCUACAACUGCAUUUCCAAUUCAAGAAGAUAUACUACCGGAAAUGAGUAUUCUUGUAGCGCGUCAUCUUGGCACCCCGCCUCUCGCUUCCAAGUACCCCGCUGCACUCAUCCCACGUCACACUGCUGGGAGGGUGCUCUCUAGAAUUGGGCAACCUCUGACCCCGUUCCCCCUAGGGGCUUGUGGCUGCUGGAUUGAAUGUCGCCAAUCGCGGCCCUAUUGCAACCGGGAAGAGACCGGAAAAGGCCUGUUAUUUCAGAACGGGAUU